CCCAGCACAAAACCAAGGGCAGGGUUGAAAAAUCAUACAAGUGAGAAAUCAAAAUGCAGAAAGCGAAGCAAGCAGCGGAGUCUAUGAAGGAAAAGGCCGCCAACAUUGGCGCCUCUGCCAAGUCUGGCAUGGAGAAGACCAAGGCCACCGUGCAGGAAAAGAAGGACAGGAUGACGGCACACGAUCCGACGGAGAAGGAGAUGGCAACGGAGAGGAAAGAGGAGAGGAUGCGUCAGGCAGAGCUGGAUAAGCGGGAGGCGCGUGGGCAUAACGUGGCGUCCAAACAGGCAGCUACGGUAGCACCGGGAGGCCACGGCGGCAACUAUACCACAGGGACAGGGACCGGGGCAGGGACGACGGCCACGGGGGCAUAUGGACACCCAAUGGCAGGCCAACAGAUGUCGGCGAUGCCGGGACACGGGACGGGACAACCAACGGGAGGACAUGUGGUGGAAGACGUUGAUGAGGUUCGAAGCCACAAUACCAAUACCCAAUAUGGAGGGAACAACAAUGCACCUGGCUAUGGUACUACUAGGUCUGGGGGUAGUUACAGCUAGACGACAACAUGUGCAACGUAUAAUUAUGCAAAACUGGUUUAGCUCGUUGUGGCCAGGUUUCACAUUUGGAUGGGAAUGUAUCUGUGUAGUCUCCCAUAUGUCCACCAGGAUGUUGGUGAGACCUUCACUUUUGUUUCUUUCUUUCUUUCUUUUGUUUUUUGUUUUUGUUUUUUUUUUGGGGGGGGGG